GUCUGGUGGCUCCCUUCAUGUUCAGGGCCAUAAUUUGGGUCCCAAGUUCGAAAAUGUAAUAUCCAUCAGAUUAGAAGAGCUUCAAAUUGUUCGAUAUAAGCGUUGAUAAGCAUGCACUCGCUGGGGGACGUGUUCGGAAGGCUGAAGCCGUUAUUCGAAAAAGUUGUACAAGAUCCAACGCUUGCGGAUAUUAAACGUUUGAAUGAGUGCCUCGACCAAAUCGACAAAUCCAGUUUGCAGAUCCUGCAAAAUGUUUUCCUCCAGCAGCUGGUUGUGCUGGUCGAUGGCAUUUCGAAGGAGAAUAAAAAUGAACUUAAAACCCAGCUGAUCGAAUGCAUCUGUACAAUCCUGCAGAAGACUAAGAUCCGACAGGCUGUGGCCAUGAAGACAACGGCGAUAGUGUUGACGAAACAAAUCUAUGACGCCCGGAGCGGACAUCUGGUCGGGGAUCUCUCGGAAGAGCUGAAAAUGGUCACGCUUCGGGGCCUGACGCUGGUUUCGAAAGCCAUACAAUCGGACUUGGUCGAAGUGGUUUACGUUCGGGACAAUUUGAAUUUGAUCUCUCAGGUGCUGUUUGUUUGCGUGAGUUUACUCGGUGUGGAGAAGUACAGGAAGCUGCGCUCGCAAGCUAUCGAAUGUAUAAUGGCUACAAUGCAAGUUCACGACGAAUUCGACCUGGCGGAUGUCGUGCUGAGAUGCCAGAUCGCGGAAUUGCUUUUUAUAGUGCUUCCCAAGCUUUUGAUGGCAAUGGUGUCCGUCAUCAACGGUGAUCCGAAACAAGGGAAGGCUGUUAUUGGAAUCGGAAUCAAAGCUUUGGGAAGAAUUCUGGGUAUCAUAUUUGAGGAUUAUGAUGGAGAUCACAGGGAAGAGGAAAUCGAAACGAAGGACUUUAUAAAACUGUCUAAAAAUAUAGAAAGCUUAAACAUAAAGGGACGAAACAUACUAGGAAUGGGUUUAAAAGAUUCGAAAGCUAAAGAGGAGUACUUUUGCAAUACUACCAGGAGCCGAGAGUGGCUAUUGGAGGCAGAGAAGAAGGUCCACGCGGUACUCGUUACGAUAUCCCAUCAAAGAGGAGCCGAAGAAGAAUCAAUACGGCAGGAAUACGCUAGGAUGAAUGCAGAACUGUUGCAAAAGUGUGCCACCAAUAUGCCGACUUGUUCGGUGAUUUUCCUCGAGUCUCUUCUCGCUCUCAGUCAGGAUGAUUCGAGCAAGGUUCGUGAUAUCUGCGAGGAAGGCUUGAAAAGGCUAUCCCAAUCCGGCGUUUCCUUCGGUCCGUCUCGAAUGGAUGAACUUUUUUAUGAUUCUCUGCAGCCAAUCGUUCGUACGAUAUAUCGAGGAGAGGAAACAGAACAAAUAGCUAGUUUUCGGCUUCUGAAAGGCUACAUACAUUUUCUCUCCGAACACCAGUUGAGUCUUAUCCUUUCCAAUCAGGAGAUUCUCAACCAGCUGGUAUCGAUUUUAGUCUGCGGGGCGGAACUGGAUCAGACAGACGAACUUGUUCGUCGAGAGUACGUUUCCUAUCGCUUUGAGUAUGCCUUGGAUGAGAAUAAAUUGGAGAAAGAAAAGCGAGAAUCCAGGUGGAUCAUUCUCCGUAACUUCAAUGGCUCUGACAGGAGCCGUAAAUCUUUCCUGGACUUGAUCAAAAGCUUCCACCAUCGUCCGGAAGCGCUCUCGAGAAUCUUGAACUAUAUCCUGGAGGAUCUCUUUACCACCAAAUUCAAUACAAAUGGUUAUCUUUUUCUGCUCUCAGAACUAGUUCCUUCUGAAGCUAAAGGGAAUCGAACCAUUGUAGAAAUCUUCAAAAAUGUUUUCAUGGAAAUUCUUCAAAGUUAUCACUGGGAGCUGAACCUGGAGGAAGCGACAAACGUUUCCGAUCUCAAAUUCAACGCGCUUCACAUUUGUCUGUCACUUCGUUUAAUCGCACGUUACUCGCUUCUCUUCCACGAAGACUUUCGAUGGCAGCUGUACGGCGUUCUGGGACAUGUUCUCCCACUGUCUGGAAGCAGUUUAAAUUGCGUGAAUGAAGCAGCCGAAAUGGCACUGGAAGCCAUCGCCGAGAGUCAGGGAAUGACGUCUAUUCAUGAGCUUAUUUUCCACAAUCUGGACUACAUUGCACAACACGUAAGCCACAGUUUGAGACACUCUUGCAGCUUUUCCAUCGGAGUUCACAUGCUGGAAUCGGUGCUUCGAUUUGUUCCCUACGAAUCCUCUGCGAUUCUUGAGUCCACCAUCAGCCCGAUUGUGAUGGACAUUCUGGAGAGUCACGACCGGCGGGUUGGUGAAAGGAGGAUUCUCUGCCUUCGUGUUUUACACAUUUUUGUGCGUGCCAUUCGGUAUCGUUACCGAGCGGAGCUCCAGAAGGCGGAAAGCGAUCCAAACGUGAUCGCGAAGAAAGCCCUCGAAGAUAAAAUCGCUCAGUUGAAGCAAGAGUUGGAACACAAGCUGCCCGAGGCGGGAGCUACCAUCGAGGAGGUUUUCGACGGGGAACCGAAUGAAACAGACCAACCGGAAGGUGAGCCUGAAUCGGUUGAGCCUUACCAAAGCGAGGAGCAGAAGCUUCCGCCCCAUAUUCGGAUAACGAUGGAGAUCUUGACGGUGAAUUUUAAGUAUCUCGCCUCGAGUGUGACCGACGAGAGAAUCGUUGUUCUGGGAACACUCAAUGAGGGCAUCCAUCUGCUGAAGGAACACGAGAACCAACUGCUUCCGUUGGUACAUCAGAUUUGGUUCAAUUUCGCGGAGCGAUUUGCUGACACCAGUCCGGUGGUGAUUGGCUGUGCGUUCGAUUUGCUGGUCAGUCUGGCCGAGCUGGCAAAAGAUUUCAUCAGGAAGCGAACCCUGGAUGAUGUGAUGCCCAGGUUGAACGCCUUUAUGCGUGAUAGCGUUUCCGCUGAUUACAGUGCCCGCCAAACGUUCAAUCUACAACGGAAAGUACUGACACACGCACCGGCGUUGGUGGCUUCAUUGAAACUAAACGAGCGUCAGUUGGAUCAGGUGCUGGAGGUGGGUAAAUUAUACUUACAGCGUUCGGAAAGACGAGAGUUGCAACAGUUGGCGAAAUUGUUUCUUGAUCGCCUGCGAGAGUACGAUUCAGGCGCCGUUUUCAUAAAGCUGAAUGCUUCAAAGCGUGGUAACUAAAUGCGCGAUAUUGUGAA